UUUUUAAUGAAUAAUAGAAUAAUAGCAAAUAGCAGUUCAAUAAUAAUAUAACUAAUAUAAAAACCACCUUUAAAAUAUAAGUUACCAAAUAUUAGAGUUAAAUUUCAAGCAAUAAAGAAUUGUAGAAACACGAUGAAAAUAACAGUUGAAUUCAGUGGAGGAGCUGAACUAUUAUUUAACAACAAAAAAUCCCAUGAUGUCGACCUGCCUGAUAAAGAUACAAAUUGGACCAUAGCCAACUUGUUACUCUGGAUAAAGGAUAAUUUAUUACAAGAAAGACCCGAACUUUUUCUGCAAGAUAAUUCUGUACGCCCUGGAAUACUUGUUUUGGUUAACGAUACCGAUUGGGAACUAUUGGGAUGUCUCGAUUAUAAAAUUGAACCGAGGGAUAAAAUAAUUUUUAUAUCAACAUUGCACGGUGGGUAAAUUUAACUUGUUUUUAUUAACAUUGUGAUAAUUUUAUAACAAUAAAUCUAAGUGGAAUCUACACUUCCGGGUACACUCGAUAAAUCGUCUUCCUUAUCGUUUACUGUACUUUCAUUUGUUGAUACAGGAUCAUCCUUUUUCUCCAAGUCAUCGGUAAUAGCCAAUAAAUUGUACUUUUUAUAGUUCACAAACUCCGGUACAACUCCUAAUAAAGCGAUUCCUUUAAUAACCUCAACGAUCACCGAAACAUUCGGAACCUUCAAGUCUACUUUGUUAGCAGCGUUCACUUGAAAUACUGUUUCAGCUACGGCUUUUAUCACCUCGUCUCUAUUCAAAUUGUUGUUAUUUCUGUGAUUGUACACCACAGAAAACGUAGUGGGAUUCUCCUUAAAAUACCUCUCCGCCAAAGGCUUAAAAGCAGCGCAAAUGUCUUUUAUGUAAGCUUUGCAGGUCACCUCGAUCGGGACCAGUCUUAUUAAGAACUUUGUCUGCUGUACACCGGUACUUUUUAAUUCGCAAACAAUACUGUGGGCCAGCUUCACGGGAUCGUCCAAGGUGGUUUUUAUGAAUAGAAAGUUGUUAGCUCCGGAUUCGACUUGUUGGAAUCGUUUUUUUCUGUUUCUGAUCGAGAGUAGUUCGUUCGUCAAGGCUUUCUCGAUGUCCCCUUCGUCUGCCUCAUUUUCGUUAGUUGUUGCUUCUGUUGGGUAGAGCUUGUCGGCGUAUUUGUUCAACAAAUUGUAGGCCUCUCGGAUGCAAUCCUUUUCCCUGUUGUUGCAACUGCACAGGAACCCUUUCAAGUUCACUUCUAAACUGGAUUUGCUGAUUUUGUUCUUGUAGAAUUUGUGUUUAGGUUUCUGUAUAGUACUCAUUGUUUACCGAUGGUUAGUUGAUAAUACGUGUUGUAAUUCAUAAAUUAAUAUUUCUGUAUGUUGAUAAAUAACAACAUAACCUUAAAAAUG